CAAGAGCAUUACAUCAUUGCUGGAGCAGAGUCAGAAAGAGAAGGAUAUGAGUCAGUGGACUGACUGCACCUUUCUCUCCCUCUCUCUUGCUCCUCUUGGACGCCGGCCAAGCCCCUCGUCUUUAAGUCCCCAGCACUUGAGUCGGAGUUGAGACCGUGGGGACCGGCAGAGUAAAGUGUGUGCAGACUGCAAGAUGUGUAGGUUGGAGCGAACAAGAGCAGAAGGGGGGCCCGACUCGAGGUGUGUGCACCCCGAGAGGUCCAGAGUUACAGAGGAUUAAGGAGACAGUAAGCGGCUCCCCAUUGUGCUCCACCGGAGAGAGAAUAACAACUUGGAGAAAUAGACUGUGGAAGAAAAGCUUGGUACAAGAGGAGGAAGUCUGGGAAAAACAUCUCGCGGUGACGUCAUGGCGGAGUGGACGCCGUUGCUACGAUGGUGGUGGUGGUGGUUCGGGGGCGGGGGCUGUUGAAGACAGCGAGGCACUCAGUAACGUGAGAGCGCGGGGCCGGGGCUGCAGAGUGUCUACCUGCUCUCCCCCGGGGCCCGCAGCCCAGGCUAUUAUCAAUCCCCUCAGUGGAGCCACAGCCUCUCAUUAUUCACUCACACGCACACACACACACAUGUUCACACAGUGCCGUGCACAUUUACACACUGCUACAUGCACUUAUUGGAACGCAUACACAAACACUCCGAACAUGAAUCCACUAAUCCAGUGUAGACAGUGCAUUAUGUUUUCUGGUGAGAGCACAAAGCAGAGCAAAGCCCAAGACCAUAAGAUUGAAGAUUAACCCUUUAAUGAUUAUUGGCUGCAUCACAAAAUUGUUUUACAGCUAAAUAUUAUUAUCAGGGCAACAGUAAAUAAGAAAGGAAGGUAAAGGACGUGCUUCAAGAUCACAGAAAUAGAUAGGACACAUUUAAACUGACUUGUUUUGUUUGACCACUGGUGCAAAAUUCAAAUAGAAGCAUUACAUUGUGACGUCUUCAUAACACCUCAACUUUAGCUUCCCACAUGAAUUGUUUUCUUCACAAUAUGGUUUUAUUUACUAAAAGUGGAGCUCCGCUGCAGGUGAACACAGGCGUUGAAGCAGUUCAUGUUUCAUGUUCAGGUUUUUUUCUUCCAGAAAGUGAGAAGCUGCCUGUGCCGAGCGCGGCCCUGUGCCAGCUAUUGAUCGGCUCUCGUAGCUGCACAGUGCAGCCCGUCCCCGGCUCUCUGUCCUCGCUGCUGCACCUACGGAACCGACAGCGACAGCCUCUGCCAGCCUCCAUGCCUGGAACCCUGCCAGACCCCACCAUGCCCGGCUCCUCCGCGGUGCUGAUGCCCAUGGAGAGACAAAUGUCCAUGGGCUCCAAUAUGAUGGGCAUGCAAGGUCCCACCCACAACAGCUCCUGCUCCUCCACCCACAUUCCCUCCAUGCACUCCGAAGCCAAACUGAGACUGAAGGCUGCACUUUCGCACCACCCGGGUGCCAUCGCCAAUGGAAACAUGAACUCCAUGGGCCACAUGAUGGAGAUGAUGUCAUCGCGGCCAGACCAGGGCGCCCACCAUCACAUGCACUCGCACCCGCACCACCUGCAGGCCCCGCCGCACGCCUACCAGCACCACAGCCAUCACCACCAUCCCCAGGGCCACGGCCAGGGCGGCCACCACCACCCGCAGGGACACAACCCACACCACAACUCCCACAACCCCCACCUCCACCCCGGACACCCGCACCAGACCUCCCCGCACCCCCCGAUGCACUCGGCGUCACAGAUGUCACCCGCAACGCAGCAGAUGCAGCCCACGCAGACGCUGCAGUCCCCCCCUCCCAGCGGCGGGCGGCGCCGGCGAGUGGUGGACGAGGACCCGGACGAGCGGCGGCGGAAGUUUCUGGAGCGGAACCGGGCGGCGGCGACGAGGUGCCGGCAGAAGAGAAAAGUGUGGGUGAUGUCGCUGGAGAAGAAGGCCGAAGAGCUCACCCAGACCAACAUGCAGCUUCAGAAUGAAGUGACCAUGCUGAAGAAUGAAGUGACCCAACUAAAGCAGCUUCUCCUCACACACAAGGACUGUCCCAUCACCACUAUGCAGAAAGAGUCCCAAGGUUACCUCAGUCCAGAGAGCAGUCCGGCGGGCAGCCCGGCGCCAGCGUGCUCCCAGCAGCAGGUCAUCCAGCACAACACCAUCACCACAUCCACCACGCCCGUAGGGGGGGGCGGUGUGCACGGUCAAGCUAACCACCACACAGACAUUAACCCCAUCCACUAGCCAAGCAAGACUGUCCCCCUGUACCCCCAAUGUAGGCCCAGACCCCCCCCCCCCCCCCCCCCUCCCACCGCCUCCUCGCGUCGACAGCUGCAUCUCUCCCUUCCAGCAAGGAUCCUCCUCCACCGUAGCUACGCUGCGUAUUUUCUACCAACCCCAGUGAUGCGUAAUGUGACGUGAUUUGCUGCAUCUUGUUUCAUACACUUUUUGUGCUUUUGGCAAAAAGGGGUGUUUUACUAAUUCCACGCAGCGUCGUUCAAGUGACUCGUUGUGUUGUGUGGUGGUACAAAGUUGGCCCGCGAUGGCCACGGAGCCAGAGCAACGAGACAUAAGCUUCAUCUCUGUCGGUGGACGCCACGCGUCUGUUUGCCUAUAAUCAGUCAGACUGUGUGUGUGCGUGUGUGUGUGACGUGGACAGUGCGACAGGCGUGUGCAUUAUGUGGGUCUCCUACAGAACUCUGGAUGUCUUUAGUCAAACUGUCGCCAUAAGGCAGAAAUAUGCAAGCAGGUGUAACGACCCUGUUCAUGACUGUUAACCUUCCUCCUGUCAGUAGUUUUCUCAAAGAGAGUUUUAAGAUGCAGCAUGACAGUGAAUAUAGCUAAUGAUCAAAUGGAAGCAAUACAUCAGUAUUGAUUGGCUUCUCUAGCGUGUCCACGCCCGGCCCGGCCCGGCCCGGCUCGGCCCGGCCCGGCCCGCUGGUCCCGAGGACACGCAAUGCUGUUACAGCUACAGAACUGUGCACUGUGAUACCGGUGAGGCAGCUUCCUCCGCUCCCCAGGACCAACUGAAGCUUUAAUUAUUGAGGCCUCUCCUCUGUGUGUGUCUGUGCGUCUGGAUUCAAAUGACUGUAACAUCCGACUGUGUGAAUGGGAAGCUUUUGAAUCAUGUCCUUGUGCUUAACCCGCUUUCCACUGUGGAACAAAAGUUCAGCGGGUGUAAGAGGCGUGCGUGGGAACGUAACCGUGCGCAUGUUGUUAUUUUUUCUACCGGCAUCCCACCACUGGCAGGAAAGUGUUUUAAAGUUUUACUAAAGGGAAGUGACUUACGCCUGUGCUUUCUAAAAUGUCACAAUGUGCCUGAAGUUUUCUCAGAAUCCUUGUGUUGGCUUGCUUUGUCAGCGUCACAGCCUUUUUUCCAAAUCCUAUAAUCAUUCUGUCUGUUAUUGGUUUGGGUAUAGAUGUCUGCUGCCUGUUAGUGCAAAACCAGCUGACAAAGGAGAAAAUGACCCACAAUCCAUUUGACCUCUGACCUCCUCAUCAAUUUCUUAUCCUCUCUUUCUCAGGCCUCCUCUGUAUUUCACAUAAGUGAUGGAUGUACUGAUAACGAUAUAGACUUGAUCUUAUCGCUCUCAUUUCCAGCCUUGAAACUUAAUGCCUUCUCGUGUCCGACCGCAUCUCGUCUGUCCUUCUCCCCUUCCUAUGACCAGGAAUGUUGACUCAUUAGCAUGAUGACCACAAUGCACUGUGUUUUACAGCAGGACGGAUGAAAUACAUUCCACUGAGAGGUGGAGCGAUCGCAGAGCUGUCUAUGCACUUUGUCCUCUGUCAUUGCCAGAGGGUGGAAUAGCCAUAUUAAGCUCCACGUAAUUCUCAGUGAUUCUCCCUUUUCACACACCAGCGAGAAUAUCGGUGGAGAGACUGUGCCUGGCGUGCGUCACGUGUGCAGCGAAGGCAGCCCAGAGCUCGAGUUGCAGGAUGAACCUCAAAGACUCUGCAUCAUUUAGGGUUUUUUUUUGCCCUUUACGUCUUCAGUUACAGCCUUGUCAAAGAUGAAGGAUGUGAAUUUAAUACUAUGUUUAUUAUAACGGGGUGCAUUCGUAGUUUGAAAUUAAUUAGGUUGUGUGUCCACGUUUUCACCAACAAAUCUGUGUGUGCAGUUUAGUACAUGUUGAUAAUGGGAUGGAGAAACUCUGGAAAAGGUCUUAGUUGACCCAACCCUUCAAACACAAGCUCAGCUGUUGAUUUGAAUCAUAUUUAAAUUAACCAUUCCAAAUUAACCUUUUGCAUGUGAAAAGAAAUAAUGAAUGACCUCAACACAACUUUCAACUGGAACUAACACGUGGAAGCUGUUGCUUUUUCCACGUCGGAUAGGAGAGUUUCUAGUUCUGCUUCCUGGCGGUGGAUCCAGGUUUAAAGACGUUUACUGUUGCUGUGUGGGCAGAUGAAAGGGACAAGUGGACGCGCCGCGUGACUGAGUACCUGUGCGAGAGGUGGAGAACAAUUCCAACACAUUAUUGAUGUAAUUGUGUUUUUUUUAAAUGUAGAAUUAUAAAUAUUGUACAUACUGUCAUCCAUUUCUGUAGUCCUGUACAUGUAAUGCGACCACCUUUCUGUUUGAAGGGAGUAAACGUGUGGUACAUGUUGUAAAUAAUGUUCGCAUAGCACUUGUUGCCUUUUGUUAUACGCCGAGGCUCAUUCCAGCGCUUAAAUACGUUGUUUAUAUGUAAUGAACUGAUUAAUUCUUCCUUGCCUGCAUAACUUUGUACAUUUUUUGUGUCUGUAAUGACCUUGUCUCCAUUUUGUUUUGCAUUUGUACAGAUGUUAAAGUUAUCACUGCAGUUACAACACGGUAUGAAAAUGAAGCACUUGUUCUGUAAUAGA